AGUUGCAGCCAACUGGAUCAUCUACUGAUCCAGAUCAGAUUGGAUAUGAAUCUGAUGGGGCAGAUUCACGUUCAGUUGACAUUAUUUAUCUUUGUCUUUAUAUUAGGUUUUCAAACAAUGAAAAAACUGUGUCUUGAAAAACGUUGACUACCUUUUCUACAGUCAGUCAUUAAACCUCAGACCCAGUUAGUGAGAAAAAGGAACAGAAGGCUGAACUAAUGAUAAUGAUGAGUCACUGGUGUGAGAUGACUGCCCUGGCAAGAAUAUUUUCUGCUCAGAGGCCCUUUUAACUCAAACAUCAAGUCCCAGCUAGAUCCAAUCUUUGGAUCCAAUCUUUUUAUUUUUUUAUUUUUUAAGAGACAAACUCUAAAGAACGAAGAAAAUGUUUCGGAAUAUUUAGUAAUGAGUAAUAAUAAGUAUGCAAAUAUGUUUUUAUACAGAAAAGUUUUGACUUUAAAUAACUUUUUCUGUUAAAAUAAGAUUAAUUUAUGUUGUCAAAACACUGAAGACCUUAAGUAACUAAGAUACUAUAUGCACUACAAUCUCCUGAUUUACAAAUGAAAUUGACACAAAGCUAAAGUACGAAAAACAUGUUGCCAUCAUCGUGUCAUUUUUGUGAUAAAUCAGUACAAACCAGAAAUAUUAUACAUGAACCAGGCUGUUGUUGUUGUUUUAACUUUUGUUGUUUAUUUUUUAACUUUCGUUACCAUUCUGUUUUUCAUGCGCUCUGAGUUUUACUUUCAUCUUGCAAAUUUGCAACUUUUUAAAAACCUUUUUCACUAAAUUAUCUUACUGUUGAUUGUAUUUGUCCAAAACUGUUUCCAAAUUCUUUGCAUCAUUUAUUCUAACCUGACACCCUAAAACCACUCACCAGUUAGUAUUUUAAUUAGAUAAGGAUCUACCAGAGAGAAGAAACUGUUUCCUCUGACAUAUGAAACAGCAAAAAAAAUUACUUGAGAAACACUGAAGUAUUAUGACAAGCCACUGAAGACAGCAACAGACCUAUUACCAUGGCCCCAUCCUUCUUCUCCUCUGUUGGCUUCUGUGUAAUUGGAUCUAUCACCUUAGCCCUUGCCUUACCUCCAACUGAGCCACCGCUCAUCAAUAACCAUUCCUUUGUGGCUAUAUGGAACGCGCCAGUCGAGCACUGUAAACGUCUUCACAUCCCGUUGGACACUGCAGCCUUCCAGUCAGUGACGACACCCGCAGCUGUGCCAGGCCAGUUUCUCACCAUCUUCUAUGAGGACCGCCUUGGUCAUUACCCUAGAGCUGAUUCUGUCAAGCAUAAGCUCUACAGCGGUGGGGUCCCCCAAAAUGGCAACCUGACAGAGCACCUGGCCAGAGCCCAAAAACAAAUAGAUCACUACAUCUCCCAGGAUUCUUCUCCUGGGCUGGCUGUCAUUGACUGGGAAUCCUGGCGCCCCCUGUGGGACCAGAACUGGGGUUCAAAACGCAUUUAUCAGAAAUUGUCCAUCAGUCGUACCCUGCAGAUGCUCCCGUUUUUAUCAUUAGAGCAAAUUCUUAAACUGGCAAAGAAACAGUUCCAGCGGGCUGGACGUCACUUCAUGGAAAAAACCAUUAGCCUUGGUACUGGUGAGCGUCCAAACCGCCGAUGGGGCUUCUACCUGUUUCCUGAUUGCUACAACUAUGGAUGGAACAAGCUUGGCUACACGGGAGAGUGCUCCCACAAGACCCACAAGCAGAACAACCAGAUGCUUUGGUUGUGGGAACGCAGCACAGCUCUCUUCCCAUCAGUCUACCUUCACCAGAAUCUGAGGAACUCUCCCCGGGCUGCGCUCUUUGUUCGUAACCGUGUUCUUGAGGCUCUGAGGGUGGCAGCAUUGCCUAAACGUCCUUACGUUAUGCCAGUCUAUGUCUAUUGCAGGCCACUGUACCGGGAUCAGACCAAAAAGUUUCAGACCAGGAGAGAUCUAAUCAGCACGAUCGGAGAGUCUGCAGCACUUGGAGCUUCUGGGGUCAUAAUAUGGGGAGCUUCCAGAGACUACAACAACAAGGCGUCCUGUGAUGCUCUGUCCAAGUACCUGAGAUCCACAUUGAACCCUUACAUUGCUAAUGUGACUGCAGCCGCCAAGCUCUGCAGCGAAGUCUUGUGUCAGGGGAAGGGCCGCUGUGUCCGGAAGAGCAACAACUCUCUCCACUACCUGCACCUAAACCCCACCCAUUUCCACAUCAUACGAGCUGAUAGGAAGUAUGUGGCUAUUGGCCUCCCUUCUGCUGCUGACCUCAGUGCCUGGGCUGAAAACUUUACCUGUCAGUGCUACGCAGGGCGGAACUGUUCUCCCAAACUAGUACACCCAACCACCAUGAAACUCAUUUGGAUUUAAUGUGUGAGGAAAGUAGAAUUCGUUCAUGUGAUUAUCUAUCAUUCAUCUAUUUUCCAAAAACAGAAAGGAAUGUAAGUAAAUGAUUCCCUCAAAACAUAGUGCUAUUAAUACUAAUAACAACAACAUCAACAAUAAUAAUAAUAAUUGUUAAGACAAGCUAUACUUUAAACUUCAGUUUUAACUAUUUAAAAGUAAAUGUGCCUUAAUUAAACUAAACUCAGCUCAACUAAACUGAAUUUUGAAAAAUAUACCUUAAUCUAAAGUUGAGUAGAUGAAGCGUCUGUCUGUUACAUUACAAAGACACUAUUUGGAAAGACAUUUGUAAACAUCACCUGUGUUGUAAACAUCUGAGCAGGACUGUCAGUCAUUUUUUAUGAAUUUAAAUAGGCCAGUCAUAUAGGUUUGAACUUUGAAUCUGGCCCAGAUUCAUCCAUCAGUGUAUAAUUGGGGUCUGUAGUUAAAAUUGCUUUGAGUGAUCAGUUAGAAUAGAAAAAGUGCCUCUUCUGAUGCUUUGUUUGAACUUCAGCAGGUCAUCUUGACCAUGCUACACACCUAAAUUCAGUUGCUGGCCUAAUUGGCUGAUGACACAUUAACAGUAUGGGGUGGUUUAACAGAUGUACCUAAUGAAGUGGCCGCUGAGUGUAUGAAUCAACAAAUAAUAAUAAAUAAUACAAAAAAAUGGAGACGUUUCCUUAAUAAAUGACAUGAGCAGAGCAACAACAAUACAAAUACAUGCAAAUAUACAUUCAUGUCCUCAGAACAGUGACAUCAUUCUUCUAUAGCAUCUUAUUCAUGUGCUUGUAAAUCAGAAUGAUUUGAUGAAUGAAAUAAACACGAGUGUCACAAAGACAAUGAGUGUGUUUUGUGUUUGAUAGAUCUUUUUAAGUAUAUGGCUACUUUACCAGGUUUAUUAACGGGAUUAAAAGUCAAUUUUUCUAAGCGACAUUAUUAAAACAACUAAUGGUGGCAACCUACAAAAAUGAUUUGCAACACAUAAAUUUGCACCAUAAUCCUAACUUUCCCAUGACUGACCAAAUAUGUUAUUUUUUCCAUACUCCUUAAAAAAA